UUCCUGAACUCACACUCAUCACCGUGCGUUGCUGACGCCCCAGUGAGCAUGAACCUCAGUCUCCCGGACCAGAGCAUGCACAGCUCCAGUGAAGGCUGCAUGGAGGACGACAAACCUGAUGUCAUGUUGCCUUGCUUCCGCAGAAACAUGUAUGACGAACCUUUGGCCUCAUACUCCAACAGCUCCAUCAUCUCUCAGCUCCUUCGCAAGACAAUCCACAGCAAGAGGGCACUGGAUGAAAGCCAUUUCUACCUUUCGGGCUCCACCGCUGCUGACUCCGGCCAGGAAGACCAGAGCAGCGUCUCCUCUAAGGACAGCACGGUGGAAGCCACGUCCCCCACUGGUCACAUCUCCACAGGAACCAGUCUGGACGGUGAGCAUCCCAUGGCCGACCACCUGCAGGCCAAGAGAGCCAGAGUGGAGAACAUCAUCAGGGUAAUGGCUGGCUCUCCAAACAGCAAGCAGCACGGAGACAGCGAGAGGUCAGAUGCAGAGGUCAGAGACACCAGGGAGGCCAGGGACGUCUACAGGGAGAACAAACGCAAACAGAGGUUGCCUCAGCACCAGGAGCACAGUGUCGGAGGACCGGCGAACAGACGACCUGGGAGCAGCAGUGGUGACAACUGUAACACCAAGGACGAGGAGUGUCACAAGCUGAAGGAGCAGCUCCACAGCAUGCAGAGGCUCCUGCGUCAACUCCAGGAGAAGUUCCUUCAAGUUUACAACCGGGACGAUCCUGAACAUGACCACAGAGAAGACACAGAGCAUGAUGCUGAAGAGGAUUUUGAGAUGAGGAACAGCAGGAUGAUGACAGCAGAGUGUAAAGACCGAAUGAAAGCGACCGGUCAUCUGGCUCAACCGAGAGAAAAUCUGAACCUACAGGACGCCCUGAAGCAGGAGCUCUCCCGGGCUGUAAACGAGUGUGUGGACAGGGUGUUCAAGAAGACGUCCUCCACAGGGCUGGACUUCUCCCCUCAGCCGUGCAUGUGCUCGUCUCCGGAGAUGCCGAUGAGUGUGGGCACAGACAGGAAGAGCCAGCAGGCCAGCUCCACCCAUGAUCAGCCCCAGUCUGAGGAGGCAGCCGUCAAACCCCGUUCCUUGGAGUACUACAAAAGCUCUGCAGCUCAAAGCCCACAGGACCAGACAGAGGCUCUGUCACUGGUGGUCCGCAAGCCGCCAGUGACCCCCAUGAGCUCGGUAACCCAAACAGUGAAGAGGCCCUACCCUGUGCACCAGACACCAUUUCAGUUCAAUUACAGCACCCCGCUGCACGACAGCCAGAUCCUCGAGCACCUCCUCAAGUACGGGCCCCAUUCCAGCUUUGGGGCUCUGCCCUGCAUGCCCCCGUCAAUGGACAGGAACUCCCCAGACUCAGUGGACCUGCCCUGGGAAACCCUCACCAUGAGGUCCAAGGUGACCUCCAGCCACCUGGGCCACCACCCUCGCCCCUCCGCCCUGGGGGCAGUGACGGUCGACAGUCUGUGUCUCCCUCACGUCAAGAUCGAGUGCAAUGAUCUGCAGAGCAUGGCUGAACGAAACCCCUACAUGUCUCUCAACAUCCAGGAGGGUCUCACCCCGAGCCAUCUGAAGAAGGCAAAGCUCAUGUUCUUCUACACCCGCUACCCCAGCUCCAACGUGCUGAAAACCUUCUUCCCUGAUGUCAAGUUCAACCGCUGCAUCACCUCUCAGCUGAUCAAGUGGUUCAGCAACUUCCGGGAGUUCUACUACAUCCAGAUGGAGAAGUUCGCCCGCCAGUGCAUCGUCGACGGCAUCAGCGAGGUCAAAGACAUCACAGUUAGCAGGGACUCUGAACUGUUCCGGGCACUGAACAUGCACUACAACAAAGCCAAUGACUUCCAUGUUCCAGACAGAUUCCUGGAGGUUUCUGAAAUCACCCUGCACGAGUUUUACAGCGCAGUCUCCGCCGCCAAAGAUUCGGACCCCUCGUGGAAGAAGGCUAUUUACAAGGUGAUCUGCAAACUGGACAGCGACGUCCCCGAUGAGUUCAAGACAUCUUCCUAUUUAUAGGCAUCAAGUGCAGAAAUGUACAGGUGAAGGAAUUCGGCGAGAUUUGAAGUUAGUCCCUUGACAGUAUUAUUUUGUUGUAGUGCAUUUUAGUGAAGUGAAAUGUAGAUGUUAAAGAAAUGAUUAUUUUGUUGAUCUGUAAAAAAAAGAAAAAAAUGAUUAAUAGUCUGAAAUGUUGUCGUUUUACUUUUAUCAAUACACAGGUAUUGAUUCAAAUUAAUGCUCCUGUGGUUUACACUAUUGUUUAGUAUUUCCUCUUAUAAUCUGCCUCAACACAUUUAGAGAGUUAUUGAUUUUGUGGGUGUGUAAAAUUGUUUACAACGGUGUAAUCAUUUGUAGUGUGGCCUUAUUUAAUUGAGCUGGAAGAGAGGGGUUUUUUUGGAAGUUAUCGACGGUAUUAGACUUUGUUUUCCUUCUUUCUUAGGUGUUUGUGUGUUGUGUAAAUGUACAAGCGCUGCUGUUGUAUGUUUCAUAAUAUUCUAUGAAUUUGUUGUAAACUAUGAGCUUGACGGAAUGUGCAUGUGAGAAUAAUGCAAGUGACUGUCAUGAGUUUUACCAUCAUGUAUAAAAAGUUGUGUAAAGAACAAUCAUUUUCAGAUAUUUCAGUUAUAAACAUUGUACUGGAUGAUUAUUGAAAUUAAAGAUGCACUAAAUUAUAAUAUAAAAUACA